AUGUCUGAAAUGAAGGACGUCGAGAUGGCGAGAAAGGACGAGCGUCCCGAGGGCGCAUACCAAAAUCUGGCCGAGCCUACGGAAUAUAAGUCGAUCAACUGGAAGAAACUAUUCUUGACGCCGAAAUACAUACCAUGGUGGAUUCUACUGAUUAUUAUAACAAUUAUCACGGUCUUAAUCACAGUAUAUCACGACAAAGUCGUCGAGAUCCUACGGCCAUUUUCAGAAAAAGUUCGCGAUGUGCCCGCAGGCUGGCUGAUCCCGAUAGUCAUUCUUAUCAUAAUCUCGUUUCCGCCUUUGUUCGGCCACGAGAUCAUCGGAUUGUUAUGUGGUGUCGUCUAUGGGUUAUGGAUCGGAUUCGCGAUCGUCGCCGCCGGCACUUUUCUCGGCGAAGUGGGCACAUGGUUCGCGUUCAAGAAGGCCUUACGAAAGAAAGCAGAGAAGUUGGAGAGAACAAAUUUUAACUAUGCCGCUCUUGCCAGAGUCACGAGAGACAGUGGUUUUUGGAUGGUGUUUAUCAUCCGCUUUUCGAUCGUGCCGUCGCAUUUCUCCACGGCCGUCUUCUCCACCUGCGAUGUCAAAUUCUGGCAUUUUUGCGUCGCAACUUUCCUGACGCUACCGAAACAAAUAUUCAUCGUCUACUUAGGUGUAUUGCUUGUGGCCCAGGAUGCGAAUAACAGAACGCAAACGAUUGUGCUGGUCAUAACGUUCCUUGUCACGAUUGUCAUGGGCAUAUAUAUUUGGUUCAAGAUGAAGAAGGCUAAGGACAUUUUGUUGCAAGAACAAGCCACGAGACAAGCGAACUAUAGCAUGGAACAGUUGGCCUUAACUGAGAGCACAAGCACGUCGGAAUCAGUGAUGAAGCCAGCAGGAAGCGGAAGUGUUGGAAACGCCAAUACGAUGUGGGACACAAGACCCGACGUGAGACAGGAUAUGUCAACGCGCUACUCGGUAGAGCCGCCACAGGGUGUGGUAGGGAUUGCUUAUGGCGAGCCAUCAAUUCCCGGGCCAAGUGUUUCGCGAUACAAUACGACGGAUUCGAGAACAGAUCUACCAAGAUAUAACGCGACAGACUUGGAACCCAGCCCGUAUCAAAUGGUAGAGCCAAGACCGGCUGCCCCGUACUAUUCGAUGGAGCAGAAGCCUUACUACCAAAAACCUUCGGUCCAAGACGCGCCGCCUCUCCCGUCAACAGGUCAGCCGCAGACGGGGCGGGAAUGGGUAUGA